AUGAGUGACACACAUACAGAGACACAAGGCGUUAGGAGAUUGAGCAUUAUCGGCGCCGGCAUCUGCAGCACCACUUGGGCGCCGAAAGGAGAUGGCCCUGCUUUCAAAUUUGGAAACGAUGAAACCGACCAAUCACUGGAGAAUGAGUUCAAGAUGCACGAAAGAGUCGUGGAAAGCUUCCAGAGUCUAUCAACAUUUCCCCGAAUCCAAGUGCCGGAUUGCUAUAACUUGGUCAUGGCCGCAGACGAAGAUUGGUGGAACAGGAUAAUUAAAAGACUUCCAACCCCGUGGGCACCCGGCAACUGCAUACUGGCUGAGCGCGUCCUUCCCUUUCCCAAAGAUACAAUGCUCCUAGUUGUUCAUAGCUAUUGUUCCCAGGAAAUACCGCCUGAUUCGUUUCUACUGAAGGAAUGCCUCAUCAAACCGUACCUCGGUUGCUGCCAGCCACAAGAGAUCCAUUUAGAGCCCGGGCAGCAGGUAUGCUCGCAGGUGGAUUUGCCUCUACAUCUAUAUCAGAUGAAGAAGCUUGGAGUUCCUGAGGCGCAUAUAAAACAAUACGCGCGCACAAUGGCCGAGGCCCUUGCUAUUAUGCAUUGGAUUGGUAGCAUCGAUGGAAAAGGGGUUGAGUUUGUCCUUGCGCCGCCGUGGGGUGAGGCUAUCAAGGCUGACACCUUUUCAAACGUGCUUGGUGAUCAUUGCAUGUGGAUGCUUGAUUUUGGUCUUUGUAGAGAUAUAUCCAUGGAUGAAGCAGGGGUCCAACAAGCGGUUAAGGCUUUUUGGCACGCCGAGCCGUUCUAUCCACGGCCAGCAACCGAAGAUCCACUCUGGUUGGAAUUCCGAGAACAAUAUCUACGGACUAGUGAGGAUCGUCUUGAAUACGUGUUCUUAAAAGCGUCAAAGUCGCCCAGUAAAAUCGAGUUCAUGAAACCAUGA